CACUCACUCUCCAGUGCACAAUCAAAAAGCCUCCAUCAACAUGUCUGACACCUUCACAACAAGGGCUAGCUUCCCAUCAACAUUCUUGUCCAUCGGUGGCGGAGGUGGAAGCCGGGUCUGCAGCUUACGGGCCGGAAGUGUCCAUGGUGGAGCAGGAUGCUCCGGGAUUCACAUCUCCCGAGCCUCUCAGCCCUUGCCCAUUAGUGCAUCUAGAGUAAGCAUUGGUGGAGGCUUUGGCUCUGGUUUAGGUCUUGGUUCAGGUCUUGAUGUAGGUCUUGGGUCAGGUUUUGGUGCAAGCUCUGCUACAGUUUUAGGUGCAAGCUCUGAUGCAGGUUUUGGUUGUGGAUUUGGACAUGGUGCUGGGUUUGGAAGUGAUGUUGCAUACAAAUAUGGUUCUGGGUUCGGAGGGACCGUUGGAGAAGUGGCUGUUGGAAGCAUCGGCAAUGAGAAGUUCACCAUGAGCAUCCUCAACAACCGUUUGGCCUCCUACCUGAAGAAGGUGCAAUUGUUGGAAAAGGCCAAUGCAGAGCUUGAGCUGAAGAUCAGGCAAUUUGUGGACAGCAGGACUUCACCUAUUGCACGGGACUACACUGACUCCUUGUCUACCAUCAAUGAGCUCCAGGCUGAAAUUCUUGAUGCCAUUCAGUUCAAAAGUAGAGUCCAACUCAACCUUGACAAUGCCACCUUGGCUGCAGAUGACUUCAGAAUUAAGUAUGAGAAUGAGCUGGCCCUGCGACAGUCUGUUGAGGCUGAUAUCGCUGGGCUGAAGAGGCUGCUGGACGAUAUCAACCUGGGCAAGGCAGAGCUCACUCUGCAGAUUGACAUGCUGAAUGACGAGAAGGUCUACCUCAGGAAGAACCAUGAAGAGGAAAUGGCGACCACACGCAGCCAGAUGAAAGGACAAAUUCAUGUGGAGGUGGAAGCUGCACCACAGCAAGAUCUCACCAGCGUUCUGGAAGACAUCCGUGAUCACUAUGAGACCAUCGCUGCCAAGAACCGGAGAGAGCUCGAGGGCUGGUUCAAGGGCAAGUUGGAGACCCUGAAACAAGAGGUUGCUACCAGCACACAGACCAUAGAAACCUCCAAAACAGAAAUGAGUACGGAGAAAACCAAAGUGCAGGGCCUGGAACUCGAGCUCCUGUCUGUUCUGGCCGUGAAAGCAUCGUUGGGGGCAAAACUCUCAGAAACACAGGCUUUCUGCGCUGAGCAGUUAUCAGGAUACCAACUGCAGGUAAUGAGUCUGGAGGAACAGCUGCUGCAGCUUCGCGCCGAUCUGGAGCGCCAAGGUUUUGAUUAUCAGUCGCUGCUGGACAUCAAGUCCAGACUGGAGCUGGAGAUCGCCGAGUACAGAAGACUGCUGGAUGUAGGGGUCAUCGGAAGCAACUUAUUCGAUACUGGAGAGCGCGCUGGAGAGAACGCGGGAGAGAACGCGGGAGAGAACGCUGGAGAGAACGCUGGAGAGAACGCAGGAGAGAACGCUGGAGAGAACGCUGUUAUCAAACCCGGACCUCCGAUUGAUCCCUAUUGGAGGUCAAGUUCCACAGCUAAGCCCGAGUAUAAAAAGGAGACUCGAUAUGUUUAUUCUCUCACCCUCUGUUUCGAGUCGAAUCGUCAGACGGUGAGUUACAAGCGAAAGAACGGCAGCAUGGCAAGUUUCUUCUCCAGCUCCUCUAUGACCGGUAGAUCCUCCAGGUCGAGCCGGGUCGUGGGUGCUUCUCGUGCCGUCAGUGUUUAUGGAGGAGCGGGAAGUUCAGACGUGCGAAUCUCCGCCGCACCCUUCAGGUUCUCGCAGGUCCAUUACGGCUCCCUGGGCUCGGAUGACUCUGCAGUGAUCGGAAACGAGAAGCUGACGAUGCAGAACCUGAAUGACCGUCUGGCCUCCUACCUGGCGAAGGUACACAGUCUGGAGAAGGCCAACACCGAACUGGAGCUCAAGAUCCGCCAGUUCCUUGACAGCAAGACAUCACCCAAGGCUCGAGACUACUCUGCCCACUUCGCCACCAUCAGUGACCUGCAGAACAAGAUCUACACAGCUAUCCACCUGAAGGGAGGAGUGCUCCUCAGCAUGGAGAACUCACGCCUGGCCAUGGAGGACUUCAAGGUUAAGUAUGAGAACGAGUUGGCGAUGCAUCAGACGGUGGAGGGCGACAUCGCCGGGCUGAAGCGGCUGCUCGAGGAUCUCAAAUUGUCUAAGCAGGACCUGAAUCUGCAGCUGGAAGGGCUGAAGGAGGAACUCGCCUUCCUCAAAAAGAACCACGAGGAGGAGAUGAUAUUGGCGCGUCAGCAGAUGAGCGGGCAGGUACACGUGGAGGUCGACGCCGCGCCUCAGGAGGACCUCACUAAAGUCCUGGCGGAACUUCGUGAACAUUACGAAGCGGUCACUGCGAGAAACAAGAGAGAAGUGGAGAACUGGUUCAAAGCCAAGACAGAGACUCUGAAACAUGAGGUGGUCACUAAGACUGAGAACCUGCAGACGUCUCGAACCGAAAUCAAAACCCUGAAAUCGCGUCUGCAGGCUCUGGAGAUCGAGCUGCAUUCCCUGCUGUCCAUGAAAGCAGGGUUGGAGAGCACGCUGAAUGACACGAAGGCGCGUUACUCCAUGCGUCUGUCUGCGUACCAAACACAGGUGAUGAAUCUGGAGGAGCAGCUGGUGCAGCUUCGGGCUGAUCUGGAGCGUCAGUCUCGGGAGUAUCAGUUACUGCUGGACAUCAAGACCAGACUGGAGCUGGAGAUCGCUGAGUACAGGAGACUGCUGGAUGGAGAAGCAACCACUACGAAGACAACGUCCACCAGCACUUCGAGGACUAAGGUGAUCACAGUGGUGGAGGAGGUGGUGGACGGGAAGGUGAUCUCCUCCUCAUCAUCCAGUUCCUCCUACGUUAAAAAAUGAAGCUGAGAGUCGGCUCCAGAGCUCCAGAGCGCCUUCGUGUGGCCGAGAGAAACACGGCACUGUCUCACCUGAAUAAACACUAAAACCCACUGCAGCUCA